AUGCCGCGCGACUUACGCUCCGAGAAAACCCCACUCAACGCAGAGUCCCUCGCUUCUCCACCCUAUGUAAACCCCCUCACUCUCGCAAACGACAAAAACCCCAAAAUGAAGGAACUCCGACCCUACUGCCUGCUCCUUAAUGAGUCUGACCUCGACGACUGCGACUGGCUCGAACAUGCCGCCUUUGACCCCAACGAGGCCGCCUCCAGGGAAAAGCUCGAGUACCGCCUCGUAACUUGCGGCGAGCUCUGCUCCGGCAUCUUCGCCUCCGCCUACCAGACCAAUCCCGACCCAAUUGGCUCGGUAAUCCGAUCGCGCAAGUUUCCAUCGGUUGACUCGGCGCAUAGCGAUCGUAAACGAGUCCUGCUCGGCCACAUCAUCGCGACCAAGUCCACAUCAGACAAGGUAACGGAUGGCUCCAUGUCUUUCCCCACCGACUGGCGCACAAAUUACCGACUGGAUCCCCCAAACGGUCAUCACGAAGAGGGCGAUACCAUUUGCCUGCACUCCCUCUGCGUCCACCCUUCAUUCCACAAGCGUGGUCUCGGCGCCGUUCUGCUCAAGGGCUGGACACAGCGUAUCCGCGAUGCGGGCUUGGGAAAACGAAUUGCGCUGAUUUGCCACGAUUACCUUGUACCGUUCUACGAAAGGGCUGGAUUCAAGAAGAUCGGCCCCAGCGCGUGCCAGUAUGGCGGCGGUAACUGGAUUGAUAUGAUUAUGGAAUUUGACGAGCCAGGUCAGAAUGCGAGCUGGUAA